AGGUGCCCAAAUGUACUUUUAAGGCGCUACUUACGGUUAUGUGACUGGAAUAUGAAUGAAAGGACGGACGGCAGUGAUGUGGUAGUCACAAUAGGAGUUUGUGCAAUGGCAAAGAAAGCGAUGUCAAAACCAAUGAAGGAAAUUUUGAGAAGAAUGGACAAAUUUCAGCACAUUAAGAUAAUAAUAUUCGACGAGAAAAUGAUAUUAGAUUCACCAAUAGAGUCAUGGCCCAUUUGUGAUGCACUGGUCAGUUUUUAUUCUGAAGGAUUUCCUCUCAAAAAAGCUAUUGCUUAUUCGAAGCUUCGGAAGCCUUACCUUGUCAAUGAUCUUGAGUCCCAAUACAUUUUAAUGGAUAGAAGAAGGGUUUAUGAGUGCUUGACGAGAGAAGGUGUUCCAGUUCCGAGAUAUGCAUUUGUUGAUAGAACAUCAGAAAACCCAGUGAAAGUUGUUGAGCUUGACGAUUCGAUUGAGAUUAAUGGUGAGGUUUUUCACAAACCAUUCGUAGAAAAACCUUUGCAUGCUGAAGAUCACAACAUCUACAUCUACUUCCCUAGUAGCGCUGGAGGAGGUAGUCAGCGUCUCUUUCGAAAAGUUGGAAAUCGCAGCAGCAAGUACUUUCCACACAGUAAUAUUCGAACAAAUGGGUCUUAUAUGUAUGAGGAAUUUAUGCCAACGGAUGGUACCGAUGUAAAGGUCUACACGGUCGCGGAUGAUUAUGCUCAUGCAGAGGCUCGAAAAUCUCCUGCCUUAGAUGGGAAGGUAGAACGAGAUCACGAAGGUAAAGAAGUUCGCUAUCCUGUCAUACUAACACCUAGAGAGAAAAUCAUUGCCAAGAAAGUAGCAAAAGCUGUUCGGCAGCAAAUCUGUGGAUUCGAUCUUCUUCGGGCUAAUGGAAUGUCUUAUGUUUGUGAUGUAAAUGGAUUUUCUUUUGUAAAGUCUUCCAAAAAGUACUAUGAUGACUGUAGUCACAUUCUUGGUGUGUUAAUUACUCGAAAAAUAGCACCACGAUUGUGUUUGCCGACCAACUUACCUCCAGGUACGGAUGUAGAUACUCCGCUGGUACCAACAACUUGUGGAGCAAUUAUGGAACUUCGUUGUGUAAUCGCUGUCAUUCGUCAUGGUGACAGGACACCAAAACAGAAAAUGAAAAUGGAAGUUUGCCAUCAGAAAUUUUUCUCAUUUUUCACUAAGUACGCUGGUGGUUGGGCUCGUGAAUUAAAAAUCAAACGUCCUACCCAAUUGCAAGAAAUUUUAGAUAUCGUGCGAUCCAUUUUGGAAGAAAUUGAUUCCGGCCAGUGUACUGAUAAUUGUCUUCUUCGAAUAAAGCCAAAGUUUGAGCAACUAAAAUAUGUUUUAGAAAUGUAUGGGUCAUUUAGCGGAAUUAACCGUAAAAUUCAGUUAAAAUAUCAACCACAUGGAAUUGGUAAAGGAUCAAAGAUUGGUUAUUCAAGUAGUAUUCCAAUAUCAUGUGACUGUACUGACGAAUGUGACAACACCCAACCUUGCCUAUUAGUUGUCGCGAAAUGGGGUGGAGAAUUAACAGCCGCAGGAAAGCAACAAGCAGAAACUCUAGGAAAAGCUUUUCGUUGUAUUUACCCAGGUGGAGAUGGCCAUUAUGGUAAAGAUCCUGGUCUUGGAUUAUUACGUUUACACAGUACUUAUCGGCAUGAUUUGAAGAUAUAUGCUUCUGACGAGGGUCGGGUCCAAAUGACAGCUGCAGCUUUUGCUAAAGGUUUCUUGGCAUUAGAAGGGGAAUUGCCACCGAUCCUUGUUCAGAUGGUCAAGUCAGCUAAUACGAACGGUCUUUUAGAUAAUGAUAACGAUUGUCGUCACUAUCAGCAGAUGGUUAAACGUCGAAUCAAUGAAGUGAUGUCAAAAAACAGCGAUUUCACCGCUGAAGAUAUUGCUACUCUUGUUCCUACUGGCGCACGUUCUAUAAUUAAUGCUAUGCAGUAUGUUGAAAGCCCGUAUAGAGCAUGUGGUCGCCUGUUUGAACAUGUUCGUCUGUUAUCUAAUCGUCUUGCUUGGCUCUCACGAAGUUCCAAAGAACGCAGUCGAAUACACUUGUAUCAAGGUGAAAGUUGGGACCUAUUGCUCAGACGUUGGGGAAAGCUAUUAAAAGAUUUUCGAUCUCCUGAAGGAGAAUACGAUCUUUCUAAAAUUUCAGAUAUAUAUGACAACAUAAAAUAUGAUUUGCAACACAAUUCUGGCAUUUUACUAGAAUCUGAGGUGCAAGAUUUCUUCAUGUGUGCAAAGUCGCUAGCUGACAUUAUUGUCCCACAGGAAUAUGGUAUAACAAAAGAAGAAAAACUAGUGAUAGGUCAACGUAUUUGUACUCCACUUAUGCGAAAAAUUUUAUCAGAUGCUCGUUAUACAGAUGUAGAUGAGUGUACACGGUUGCAUGCUGGCCAUCGCCCAAAUCACGGUGAGCCUUGUCCCGAUUGUUAUUCAAAAGGAGUUGCUUCACCAGAACGAUUUGUUCGUAGUCGCUUGUAUUUCACUAGUGAAAGUCAUAUUCAUUCAUUACUUACUUGUCUAAGAUAUGGUGAAUUAGCAGAUAUUGUGACAGAUGAACAAUGGAGACGUGCUAUGGAUUAUGUGUCGUCUAUUUCCGAAAUUAAUUAUCUUGCUCAAAUUGUAAUUAUGAUUUAUGAAGACCCUACUGUGGAACCGAAAACUGAAAAGCGAUUCCAUGUUGAAUUACACUUUAGUCCUGGUGCUUUUGCAUUAUGUCAUGAUCUCCCUGAAGGUAGUGGUUUUCGAUCUGGAAAGUUGGUGCGUCUGAAUUCUCAAAUGAGCGUAAUGAGUAGCGGUACAUCUGUGGAUAAAGGAAGUUCUGACUCAAUGCCGCAAUCAGCAAUCCCUUCUGUUACACCUAUUGUUCCUGCUAGUGAACAAGACAGGAAAGAUCUGUUUGAUAAAUGUAGUGGUAGACAAACAGAUCGAAGUAGUGAAUAUCACCAAAAUCUUGGGUCAUUUGACUCAAGUGAAUGUUCAUUCUCGGGAUCUUCCGCUAACGACAAAGCUUCAGGUAAAUCUACAACAGUGGUAUCAAAAAAAUUUGAUUCUUUAGAUUUGUUUCGUUGGAGUUUUGAUAGUGAUAGGAAUACGUAUGAAUUAUGUAAGAAUCAAACAGAGACUUUUAAUGAUUCAUCUCUUACCGAGCAAUGUCCGGUUCGCAGGUCACAUAGUGUUCGUUGUAACCUCGCUUCAAAUGUUUCUCGAGAAAACACUGUAAACCACGAAGAAACUUUGAUUGUCAACCACAGAUCGCAAUCUCAAGGUCGUCCUUCUGUUUUGCCAUUAUCACCUGUACCAUCAACCUCUACUCUAGAAUUAACUGGAACUCCUACAGCGUCAAAUACAGAAGUUGGUAUUGGACGAUUCACUGUUACGCGGUUCACUGAUAAUAAAAGUGCUUUGGGUCCAAAUUUUCCAAGUGAAUCGAAAACUGAUAAUUUAUUGUCGACAUUACCGUAUACAAAUAAACUAAAAACAUAUCACCUUAAACAUUUUUCACGUUCGAGUUUCUGCCAACAUUCUGCCCGUAAUAGGUCUAGUUCAUGUCAUCCUGAUGUUUACAGAAAGACAAAUUUAACUACAACCCUAUUAUCAAAACCUAGAUAUUCAUGUAUUUCAAAACUACUUCAAACGACAGGUAAGCUUAAUGAUUUUGGCGAGUUUAAGAAAUAUGAUUAUAAUGAACAACUGUCUUUUGAAUGUUCCUGUUCAAAUACUAAUUCGUCACGUUUCGCUCCUGUAAUUCAAUGGCUUUCAAAGCAGUCAGAACACUUAGUGAAAUCAGAUGAAAAAUGUGACAAUGAGGAUCACAAAUCAAAUCCAACCGACAUAGAAGACAAGAGAGUUCGAGAAACACCGAAACGGCUAACUUUUGGGGCUCGUAAAUUAUACGAUUCAGCUGGUUCAAAUAAUUCUACUAGAAUAAAUCAACAUAAUAGCACAGGCUCUGUCCAUUCAUCAAAAAAUCAAGAUUUAACUUCCACAUCUACUCGAGCUCGUUUAACUCCACUUCCUUCUGAUGAACCGGUGUCUUCUAACACAAAUGAAUCGACUCAAUUUUCAAUGGAUUUACCAUUCAAUCAAAUUAAUUCUCAACCAGUCAACAAUUUUUUGUCAUCAUCUGGGGCUGACAGUGGUGUAGAUGAUGAUCCUGUUAUCAAUCAGACUUUGAAUGCUAUCACUUACCCUAGUCGUCAAAGUCCAUAUCAUUUAGAUAUUGGACGUCUUGUAAGAGAAACUGAACAGAUCUACAGACGUUUCAGUUCUGCAGCCCGUAAAUUAUAUGUUCUAUACAUCACUUUUCAUUUAUACAGUGUUCGUUGUUUUCACGUAACAUCAUUUGGCAUCAUUUUUGUAUUAUUGCCUGUUUCCAGUUUGAAUAGAUGGUGCAUGGUUUGUUGAUACAGUACAUUUCAUUUGACCUGGAUUAACGGCUCCUGUUUAAUUAAACUGUUGUAUCGAAACAUCUGACCUAUACUACUGAUAGAUAAUGUCUAAAAUGAAUAAAUCGGAGAGUUGAAGAAACACUACAUUUUUCAUAUUUUCCAGUGGUUUUAAGUCUUACUCACUUUCGACUGUUACCAUAUUUUUUACCAUUUUCCUAGUAUGGCAUUGAAAUCACGAACUGAUAUAAGUUAGAUAAAAACUAGAAGUCUCGAAGUACUGGACAACCAUUUCGUCCCAGUAUUGGGACCACUCGGCCGUAUGCAUCCACGACCUUGCGAUGGGGGAUGGAACUCAGGACCCAUAGAUCAGUAAACUGAGACCCAACUGUGUUCAAGUCUAACUUCAAUCAAUUCACGGCAUCGCGUGACCAUCUUCCAUUGACUUAAGUCUAUACCUUUUCCUACGCCCAACAGAGUUUAGCUCCACUGAUCCCUCUCGAAGCUAGUCACUGGUAAUCUCAUGAUAAUUUUCAGUUUUGCGAAAAUUGUUUGGCGUCUGCAUGUGAUGAUGUAGGUCCUGACUUUGAUUCCCGCCUACGAGGUUGUGAGUGUAGAUUGCUAGAGUCCCAUACUAGGACGAAACGGCCGUCUAGUACUUCCAGGUUUACAAUGGUUGUCCAACUUAGAUUGGUUUGUAAUUUCAAUGAAAUUCAACAAUCUCCUUAAGCCCAUACUGAAAAUUCCUAGUAUAUGUAUUACUUUACCAGUUUUCAAUGUAAGUAGUGAGUGAUUUUCUUCAAGUCGGUUUUCAUUUCAAAAUUGCUUCUUAAAACUAGUUUAUUGUUAUUAGGACGAUACAUAUUGUUUGCUUCUCGCUUAUCAUCGGCUGUUAUAAUUAGUCAUAUUAUUUUUGUUAGUCGGAACAUAAUUUCUCAUGUAUAUUUAGUCAGUUUAUCGUCGUGUUUGUGUGAAUGAUCUUAAGGCUUCAUACAUUACUUACGCUUGGAAGCUUUUUGUUUCAGCAUAUUUAUCAUCUGUAAUGCAGUUAUUGUUAUCUUUACACUAACACCUUACAACAUUUAUUCUAGUUUGUGUUAGGUUUCUCAGUUCUUAUGUUUAUUUUUGUAAGGAAAAAUACGACAAGAAAUAUGACCAUUAAAUAUCUCUAUGCUUCAUUUUCUUUCUCUACAAAAAUAACCAACGUGAUGCUAAAUAAUAUCAGUUAGAUAAAAAAACGUGUAAACGAUACUUUAUAAAUUAUAACUUAAAUGUAAUUACGACCGUUGUAAAACAUUUAAUCCCUUUUGAAAAUUAUAAUAGUAUCAUAUAACACUAAUGUAAAAUGCCGUUUGUAUAUUCGCUUUUGAUUUUGUCUGCUUCGAAUAUAAAACAAUAUGUUAUUCUUUGAAAACAGUCUUAUUUGGUGAAUAUCUAUAUAGUUUUUGUUUUUCCUAACAAAUAUUCUCAUGUUUUAUGAGUUUAUGGUAUUAAAAUAUCAUGCGUAUAACAACAACAUAAACACUUGUAAUUCUUAGUUUUUCUUAUACUCAAAUGUAGUAUAGUUACUGCAAAAGAAAGUUCGGACUGAAUAUUUCUUUAAGUUUUUGAUGUUUUUGAAAUAACUAUGCAUGAUAAUGGAAAGAUUUUCUCUCUAUUAUAGUAUAAGUCAUUAAUAGGUUUCAAGUUUGUUUUUUUGCUUUUAUUCCAUUUGAUGUCGGUUUGUUGCACGUCAUUUAUGGAUGCAUGUUGUUACAACUUUUAUUUUCUCAUCUACACGUAUAAAAAUACUAAAUUCAUUCAUCAAUAAUUUAUUUCAUGUAUUUAUAGAUAACAUACAUUUUUUGUAAAUAAAAUUAUCACGUGAAUAUCUAAAUAGUACUUUGAUACUAAUUGUGUGUAAUGUAUGUAUCUACCAGUUUUACCAACGACUAACUUAUAGUUUGAUUUCAGUUCUAAAUUUUUCGAUAUUCUAGAACAAAUAAGUUUGCGGUUAUCAGUGCAAUCCAAGAUGCACGUUAUUUAAAACUCAUCAGUUUAAUGUACUUGAAUCCUAGUGUUGUUAACACUAAGAUAUAGAUUGAGAUCUUAUCACUUCAAAAAACAGCUAGUUAGUCUAGUCACUGUUUUGCUCAACGGGUAUGAUAUAUACAUUAUUACCGGUUAUACAGAACCAGUCAGUUCAAGAUGCACAUGUACCAUCUAUGAUCGGUCAAAAUCCAUUCCUAAAUAUCAACAAAGGGAUAUAUCUAGCCUUUUCUAUUAAUGACUUCAAAUUUCCUAGUUUGAUAGAUCGAUAAAUUGUCCUUCUAUGUAUCAACAUAUUUAUUUAUUUAUUCAAACAUUUAAACAUUGGUACAAGAGGCACCAAAUAUAUACGCGCCACACUUCGUCAUUCGAUUUGUCUGAGGGCCGGGAUGCUUCCCGGGCGUUCAAACCGAAGCAAGUAGCUUUCUUAUAUAUACAUUCAUUUACUGAGAAUAUAAUUUCAUUUAGCUCAUUUUCAUUGUGUACCUUCCUUUAUCUGUUUGUAUUCUUGUAGAUUUCAUUCGUUCUAUUUGUAAUAAUUUACUAAAUAGGUUCAUUAAGUUUUGUAUUCUUUUAUUAUCACUUUUCUAGCCACCCCACUGCACUUUCCUCCUCAAGUUAGCCUUAUCGUUUUACUUAAUAAAUACCAAAUUGUUGUACAAUUUCAUUCUCUUUUAAUUUAUCAGUAUAAAAGUUGUCAAGCUAUUUGCUAGAAACAUUUCAAUUAACUCAGACAAACUUAAGUUUCAAAGUAAUAGUUCAUCAUUUCCUGAUUAUAGCAAUUGAUUGUGUAAACAAAUAACUGAUAGUUAUAUUCAUGGAUUAUUAGAGAUACAUCUAAUAAAAUGAAGCAAAUACACGAGGAAAAUGAAAACUACUCAUCACUAUUGUUCCUUUUUUAUAGCUGUUGCCAUGGGAGCGCCGUUUGCACCGCCAAUAUGUCGAAGUCUUAUAAGUACAGCGGUUAUACGUGGUUCACGCGAUGAUAGCCAAGCAUCUAGUAGUGUUCCUGAUUUUAAAAGAUUAACAGAAGAUAUAAGCGUGGCACCUCGAACGUUAACUCCUGGAAGCUCUCAAGAAUUUUUGGUUCCCAGUGCGCCAUGUGUCCCAGAAGUUUAUCCCCUGGAAACACUACAUAACGCUUUAACUUUAAGUCAAUUGGAAGCCUUUCUUGUUCGUCUAACUACUCAUAAGUUUCCAACUCCAUUUACAUCACCGAAACAUCCAUCUACUCCUGUAAAUUAUUAUCACCAUCAUCAUCAACCUCAGUUAAGUCAAACUACUCUUGAGUUCUUCUCUCAGCAUCAUGACUUAUGUAGUAACAUAUCUUCCUCAUUUCCUAAUUCUACUGGAGAUUAUACUGCUACACAGGACUGUUCCAAUAUUACUGAUGAAGCCUCCACUCAACUACAGCAACCUGUUUCAUCAAAUGUUACGUCAAUAAUCCCAUCCGCUUCACUGUUUCAAAAAAUUACUUUCAGAAAUACAAAUUACCAACAGUAACUCAAAAAAAUUCCGACGGUCUUUUCUUCCCUAAUUAAUAAAAGUCGAUUUCGUCGUCUGUGGAUAAUUGAAGAAUAUCACAAGUUCACUUUUGCCUCCGCUUCUGUAUACAUAUAAUAAACAGUUUUCACCUAAACUUAUAUGAUCCCUUUCAUCUAGAUAUUGAUCUCUAAUGAACCAAGUAUUUAUUACUGGUUUUAUUUUAUUACCAUUAUUCUCUUAGAAUUUUUUUCAGUUUGUCUGUAUUUGUUUGCUCUGUGGUUCGUUCUUUGUAUAUAAUGGUUUUCUAAUAUUGCCUUUUUAUUUUGUGUACUUUUUUUUCUUUUCUGUUAGUUAUUUAAUAAUAAUUCGAGAAAAAUUCAGGUAUUGGUUUGAAUAAUUG